GUAGAAUUUUUGAGAAAUUUCUGGGAACAGAGAUAGGAGAGAACGUUCGAGACUACUCCACGUAUCUUGUUCAGAACCAUUCAGAAGCACACUGCAGGAAAUAAAAUUUCUCAUCGUUUUCCGCGAGUAGCUGAACAAGAAACAUUGGUCAUCGAUGAUGAGGUCAGAGUUCGUUCUCAGUGUCUGUUGACUGUGUUCAACUGUCCCACGGUUAUCAUCUAAACAAAGGAAGUAUGUGUUCUUGUGAUUUAAAUGGUGAAAAACUAGUUCGAAACCGAAAGUGAUUAGAAGCAAAAUCGAAAGAAAAAGUUGCUAUUUGUUGUCAUAUUUGGAGAAUAUCCAUCUUGUAGAACUGCGGUGCCUGAACUGUGACACAAUAUUGAGGAAAACUGAACUUGUACACCGUGUGAACACAACGACCCACGAUGCCUGUCAAAGAAUUCAACGACAACUACAUCAACGUCGGCGACGAUUUCGUCUGGGGCGAGAGGCAGCGGAGUCUCGAUGGCGGCAAGGAGGAUGUCGACAUCGCCGAUGAUUAUUCCGAGGAUGAGUACGCGGUGUCCAUCGUCCUGCCUUCGAGCGACUUGGUGAGAGAACACAAGGAGACGAGAGAGAGGAAUGGACAUCACCAGCCCCACCCGAGAGUCGAACCUUCGCCCCUCGUCACCAAGCGUCAGGUCAGCCACACCUUGGCGAAGUUGUUGCUGGUGGGUGUAGUUCUGCUCGACCUGCUGCAGCUGUCACGGCUGGUGUAUGAGGUCGUCAUGGUUACCAAAGAAACAACUCGAGAGGAGGGAGGAAGCCCGAGGGGGUUAGAGGACUCACCGUUCUGCCUGCCGUGUCACGAGUUGUAUUUCAACGACUUCGAGGUGGAGGAGAACAAGUUUGGGUUGGUUGUCCUGCCAGGGAGGAGGGAUGAGCCGAGGGUGUGCUGCACAUCUCAGUACGACAAUCUAAACCUGAUGAGUUUAGUGUACACGAGAGUUCGCUACAGCCGAGACAGGGCCCGGGGUGUCUCUGUGAGAGAGAAAUAUUCUGACGACGAUAGAGGACAGGUCUUCGUUGGGGAAUUCUUUUCUGCAAGAGACCAACCUUUGAACAGCCCCAGGGAAGAAUUUACUGUCCCACUUCAGCCUGAAUAUCCUGAAGAAUCCGUUUCUGGAGCCAGUCUCGUCGUCUCCAACAACACAGUGGCAAUACAACAGAGGGGCCACUACUACAUCUAUUCCCAUGUUCCUUUUAAAUUCUUCAACCAGUCUGUUCGCUUGACACAGUUUGUUCGUCGAGUUCGAAACGGUGGUGAAGACCUGCUGCUUGAGAAUUCAGUUUUCCCGUGUGAUGUAGGACAUAAAAGUUGUCUCAAUAGUUUCGCAUCCGGGAUGUUUCUGCUCGAAAAAGGCGAUGCUGUCUAUUUGAAAAUAUCAGACAAGAACUCCCUAGACGAGGCAGAACCAAUCAGAUUCGGUGUUCACUAUGUUUAAACCAAUCUUACAGCUGGGUCUGGAGAUGGAUGGACUGUUUGUUUGUGGUUAUAUUUCAGAAGAAAAAAGAACCGACAGAAACCCAUUGUGACAAAUGCGACCACACCGUGUGAACAAUGAGGAUGCGUGAACGAGCUCCAGGCGGGCGCAGACUAAAAUGUAGUGACACCCCAUCCUAUUCUUAAGAAACAUCAAAAUGGAAGUAAAAAUUA